CAGCCGCCGAGGAGUCACCGAAGACCACAAUCCAGCCUGGACGGCGCCCUGGGGCCACCAGCGAGGAGGGUCCGAACGGAGCCGGGGAGACGGAGGCGCCCCGCCGACUCGGCAGCGCGUCGCAGCACCUCGUACUGACACCCUCCCGCUCUCGGGAAAAACUGAGGAAAAGAGCCAGCGGGGACUGUUAGGACGCUACCAGAACCCUCAACAGCCUGGAAAUCCUGUCAGCUUGAUUCCAUGAGACUUGGAGUAGGAACUGACAGCUGGCUGACAGAAAACUCAUCCAGGGAGAGAACAGGCAUAAGUGAAGUAUGAAAUUCUGAGUAACAUUGUCAGUAUUGAUUCUGACUUCUGAAGAUGGAUGAAGGUGUAGAACUUUCUAGUGAUGGAAAUUCCCUGAUCAAAGCGGUCCAUCAGAGCCGGCUUCGCCUUACAAGACUCUUGCUGGAAGGUGGCGCCUACAUUAAUGAGAGCAAUGAUCGUGGGGAAACACCUUUAAUGAUUGCUUGUAAGACCAAACAUGUUGAUCACCAGGGUGUCAGUAAAGCCAAAAUGGUUAAAUACCUGUUAGAAAACAAUGCUGAUCCCAACAUACAGGACAAAUCUGGGAAAACUGCUUUGAUGCACGCUUGCUUAGAAAAAGCUGGUCCUGAAGUUGUUUCUUUGCUCCUAAAGAGUGGGGCUGACCUCAGCUUGCAAGACCAUUCUAGUUACUCGGCCCUUGUUUAUGCCAUAAAUUCAGAAGACAGAGAGACCCUGAAAGUUUUACUUAGUGCUUGCAAGGCAAAAGGGAAAGAGGUCAUUAUCAUAACAACAGCAAAAUCGCCCUCUGGCAGGCACACGACCCAACAGUACUUAAAUAUGCCUCCUGUGGAUAUAGAUGGGGGUCAUUCCCCAGCCACCUGUGCCACUCCUUCAAAAAUAGACUUAAAAACAGUCUCAUUGUCACGUUCACAUUCUUCUGAAACUGAAAUGACGCUUUUUGGCUCUAAAGAUCUGGAGCCCUCAGGAAGCACUGAUGAUAUGGGAGACCCAGUCUCCCCUGUGAGGAAGCCUGGUAUGGCUCCUAACGGGCCCAAGCUACCUCAGGCUUCACCCUGGAUCAAGAGUACCCCCUCAUUAAUGCACCAGAACAGAGUGGCCUCCUUACAAGAAGAGCUCCAGGAUAUUACUCCAGAGGAAGAAUUAUCCUACAAAAUCAAUGGGCUGGCACUUUCCAAGCGAUUCAUCACUAGGCACCAAAGUAUUGAUGUAAAAGACACUGCACAUCUGCUAAGAGCCUUUGAUCAGACCAGCUCAAGAAAGAUGUCAUACGAUGAAAUAAAUUACCAAGCAUUUUUUUCAGAAGGAAGUCAGCAAUGCAUUGACAUCCCAGUUAACCAGGACCCAGAUUCUAACCAGACAAUAUGUGCUUCCACAUUAAGAAAUAUAGUUCAGAAAAGAAACUCAGGAGCAAAUCACUACAGCUCUGAUUCCCAGCUGUCAGCCGGUCUUACCCCUACAACUUUAGAAGAUGGCAAAGCACUUACAGGAAAGAAAAAAAUCCUGUCGACAUCUCCUUCCCUGUUGUCAGGGUCCAAAGAGUUGUUGGAGAGUAUCCCCCCAGGCCCCCUGAGCAGGAGAAAUCAUGCGCUUUUAGAAAGGCGUGGUUCUGGAGCAUUUCCUUUAGAUCACAGCAUUACACAGACCAGACCAGGAUUUCUGCCACCCUUAAAUGUGAAUCCUCACCCUCCCAUCUCAGAUAUCAGUGUCAGUAACAAGAUGUCCAGCCUUCUUUCUUGUGGUCAAAAAGUGCUUAUGCCAACAGUUCCUGUUUUCCCCAAAGAAUUCAAAAGUAAAAAAACAUUGCUAAGGAGACAAUCAUUGCAAACAGAACAAAUUAAGCAACUAGUUAAUUUUUAAGAGAUGGCUAGAAAAUACAUUUUGUUCAAAUGUCUAUAUCAGAGAACAAUGGAACUAAAGAAGACAAUUCAAAUGUUCAUCCUUCUAAACUUAUAAUUGGUUAGUCCACAAUAGGGGUAUCAAAAUGUACCAUGUAUCAUUGUAUUAGGCACUGUGGAUCUACAGAUAAUAUAUAGUUUUUGCUAAGGGAAUUCUCUCAAACAAAAUUGAAGCUAUUUUUCUCAAAACCUUCAAUAUCUAGCAACAUCAUGUGGUCCAUAUUUUUAAUUUAAACAAAAAUACGCAAGGAAAGAAGGUCACAUAUGUUGGAGAUAACUUUAAAAAAUUUCAUUUGCUAAAUGUUUUAUUAGGAAGCAUUGCAUUCAAAUCAAUAGUUUUUAAAAAACAUUUGAAGUCAAUAAAUAAGAUUAUAACUUUCCACGAUGCCAACCCCAUAGACGAAAACAUUAACAGCUAUAAAGUGUUCCAUGAUCAAUAAACUUAAGCUAUAAAGAAAGAAUGAACUAAUUCUUGAAAAAUGCUGACUGCAGGUAGGUGACAUCUAAUUAAAAUUUUAAAAGGUCAACCAUUAUAGUAGCCCAUGCAGCUAAUAUUCAUGUUGUCAGCUUAAUCAGUGACAAAAUGGGAGAUUAGAGUUUUAUAAACUAGUAAUAAUCUAUCCCAAGUGUUUGUAUGCUAUUAGUUGCUUUGCUUUGUUUUUUAAUGUUAACUUAUGGAAUUACUUCUCUAUAUCUUUUAAUUCCUGUUACUGUUUUUUGAACACAGGGUUCCCAAUAACAAGAUAAAUCAAAAGUUAAAAAGCAUUUCUCAUUUACUUAUAUCUAACUAUUCUUGUCUUUCCUAAGGACACCAAAAAAAAAAAA